GAUUUUACCUGAAGACUUCAGCCUUUCCCAAAAGCUUGAGCAUGGAUUUGAUCGCUUUGUCCAAUGCUGCAGCCGAAAGAAGGAUUGUACCAUACUACACCAGAGAAUACACAGAAGAUAGACUCCACAGAUAUAUCCUGACCAUCACCCAAGGAACAACUGCAAACUGUGGGAACAGAGAAGGUUGGGCAGUGAAACCAUCCGGAUAUGGGGUCGGGUCAAGAGAGCUUUGACAAACCAUCAGAUCUGAAACUGGUCAGUGGAAUGGAGCCUUUGAUCAGAACCAACCUUUCUGAAGUUUGGCUGUGGGUGAUCAGUCAGAGUGAAGCUGGAAAGAAGUGUGAGUGGCUCUAAGUGUGGUGAGAACUUCAAUCAUUCAUUGAGCCUCAUGAACCACUGACUCAUUCCUACAGGGGACAGGAGACUCAAGUGUGAGGAGGGUUCCACAGGCUCAUCAGAUUCUCUGAAACACUAAGUUCCUCUGUUGUAACUCCUGUAACUCUGAGGUGGUGUCAUGGAAGAUGCACCCUUCAAAUGUGAAAUAUGUUCCCUAGCCUUUACACAGUCAUCAGUACUCAUGCAACACAAUUGCAUUCACACAGGAGAGAAGUCAUUCACAUGCAAGGUGUGUGAGAAAACAUUCUCAAAAUUAACAUAUCUCCGCAUACACCAACGCAUUCACACAGGGGAGAAGCCAUUUACUUGUGAGGUGUGUGACAAAUCAUUCUCAUACUCAUCAAACCUCAGCGAACACAGACGCAUUCACACAGGGAAGAAGCCAUUCAUCUGCAAAGUUUGCAACAAAUCAUUCUGUAAGUUAACAAGCCUCCAUGUACAUCAACGUGUUCACACAGGGGAGAAACCAUUCACUUGCAAGGUAUGUGACAAAUCAUUCUCCUACUCAUCAACCCUCAGUGCACACCAACGCAUUCACACAGGGGAGAAGCUGUAUACCUGUGAGGUCUGUGAUAAAGCCUUCACACAGUUAUCUAGCCUCCUGGUCCAUCAAAGAAUCCACUUAGGGGAGAAACCCUUCAAAUGUGAGGUUUGUGGUAAAGCUUUCACAACAUCCACAAAGCUUCUGACACACCAAAGCGUUCACACAGGAGAGAAACCUUUCAGUUGUGAGGUCUGUAAGAAAGCUUUCACCCAAUCCUGCGAUCUCCUGACACACCAGAGGAUUCACACAGGGGAGAAACCAUUUAUAUGCAACGUGUGCAACAAAUCAUUCUCGCGAUCAUCCAACCUCAGCGCACAUCAAAGGAUUCACACAGGGGCAAAACCAUUCACGUGCAAUUUAUGCGAUAAAUCAUUCUCACAGUUAACGAACCUCCGUGUACACCAACGCAUUCACACAGGGGAGAAACCAUUUAAAUGUGAGGUGUGUGAUAAGUCAUUCUCCUACAUAACAAUCUUCCGUGCACACCAACGCAUUCACACAGGGGAGAAGCUAUACAUGUGUGAGGUGUGUGACAAAGCCUUCACACAGUUAUCGAGCCUCCUUGUCCAUCAGACAAUCCACACAGGGAAAAAACCCUUCAAAUGCGAGAUGUGUGAUAAAGCUUUUCCAACAUCUACGAAGUUCCUGAGACACCAGAGUGUUCACACUGGGGAGAAACCCUUCAGGUGUGAUAUUUGUGAGGCAGUUUUCAGCCACUCCUGUGAUCUUGUCAUGCACCAAAGGAUUCACACAGGUGAGAAACCCUUCAAAUGUGAGGUGUGUGACAGAGCCUUCACACAGUCAUCAGCUCUUAUGCAACAUCAACGUAUUCACACUGGGGAAAAGCCAUUCAAGUGUAAAGUAUGCAACAAAUCAUUCUCACGAUCGUCAACUCUCCGUGUGCACCAACGCACCCACACAGGGGAGAAACCAUAUGUGUGUGAUGUAUGUGACCAAUCAUUCUCGCAGUCAUCAAACCUUCGGGUACACCAACGCAUUCACACAGGGGAGAGACUGUUCAAUUGUAUGUUGUGUAAGAAAUCAUUUUCACGGUCAUCAACCCUCCGUGAACACCAGCGUGUUCACAGAUGAUACCUGUGACAAAGCCUACAUGCACUUGUUUGACGCUGCUGAUCCAUCAAAGGAUCCAUACUGAGGAGAAACUAUUCAUCUGUGGGAUGUGUCAUAAGAGUUUAGUAUAGUUAUUGGGCUUGUUAUAUCAUUGCCGUAUUCACACAGGAGAGGAGCCAUUCAAACAUGAGUGAGCCUUCACACAGUCAGCAAUGCUGAUGAAACAGUGAUGCAUCCAAACUGAGGAGAAUCUGUUUAAGUCAGAGGCUCUGACAAAUAUUUCACAAGCUCAACAUGUGUUUUAAUACAUAAGAUGAUUCAGACAAGGGUGUAAGUGUUCAAAUAUGAAGUAUGUGACUGAGACUUUCGACUCUGAAUGAAUAUGUUCACACAUGUAAACCAGACACAUCCAUGUUUAGGAAAAAGUAUUUUCAGUGUGAGACAUGUAAUAAGGGCUUUUCACAAUCAUCGUCCUGGUGAAACCACUGUACUUUCAUAUAGGUGAGAAACCAUUCAGGUGUGAGGUGUAUGACAAGAUUUUCAGCGAGUCUUCAGCUCCAUCAGCACACUUUCAAAUUGGAAACCCCUAUCUGUGUGAGUUUUGUAAUAAAGCAUUCGCUCAGUUGCCAGACCUCCUGGAACAUCAGGGAAUCAACAGAGAGAGCAAAUUCUUUCAUUUUGGCACAUGCCAAGGUUGUUUCAUCUCUGCCUCCUCUUAACAUUUAAAGCUGGGUCAUCUGUUUCUGUUGCACUGAGUGUUGUCUGUGUCAUUUACCCUCCAGUGGUCACACAGGUAACCCGUCUGUCUCAGCAGGGUCUGUAUCAAACUUCUCCCACUAUCAGGCCAAUCAUUUCAAGAAGGUCAAUUUAACCUUUGAUUAUCAAACAUUCUUAAAAGAAGACAUAAAUAUGUGUUGAAGCUCCUGUAUAAACUGUGCAUCCUCUCAGUGUCACAUCAGGUGCAAGUUACUCCUCACCAAUGUCCAAAAUAUAAUAAAUCUGGAAAUAACUACCAUGGCCCCAAGUGUAAAUCCCUCACACCUCUCUCAGUAAAAUAAUCUGAAUCUUCUUCUGAUCUUUAAAGAUGAAAUUAUCAAGCUUAUUGUCAGCCAGACUCCAGCUCAGUCACAUGACCCUUCAUUUAUCUGAAUUUACAGAUAUUGUUCCAAAGUAUAAGUCCCAUAAACCAAAAGAUUUAAUCAUUCUUAAAACUUCACAAAUUUCACACCAUAAAAAUAUUGAAUUAUAGAGUAUUGAUAGGAAAAGCCUGGGAGGUUAUUCAGCACUUUCUGGUGAAUAGUUUGUGGAAUUUUCUGGGAAAAAAAUUACCUAUGAUUGAUGGUAAAGGUCAAUGAUGUUAAAUCAGGAUUUUGAAAACCCAGCAGAGAUCUCAUUAAUGGCAGAAUUUUGGAAUAUUAUUUGUUUCAGAAUCAAGUACCCUAUGGGGUACUAUAAAGUCUCUAAAAUAGAGAAAGCAGCUGUUUUAGCUUAUAGUUACAACUUAACCCACAAAACCCCUUGGUUAAUAGAUUUUUAAAAAUCACAUGAUUUGACGUGAUUUGUGUGUACACUUCUAGAUAUAAAAAGAAAAGAAAAAAAUCCAUAAGCCUUUAAAUGUCAGUAAAAGUUUGAACUCACCAUGGGAGCUGGAUAAAGACAUGAUAAUAAACAAAACGCUAAUGCAAUGCAGGGAAAUAAGAGUGAUUCAAAGAUACCAUAUGCUCUUAUUGUCAUAUGGCAGAACACUAGAAAUUAAAAUCAAAUUUGAAAUUGUUGGUGAAAUUUUCUGUUGUUUUCAAGAAAAUGCUGUGUCAGUGGGAGGAGUUGAUGACCUAUAAAAUGUCAAGUAAUUUCAGUGGGUAUAAAUCAAAGCUUAAAAUACUCUGAAGGUUUCAUAUUUUAGGGUGAAGGAACUCUAGUUUUGUCUGAUAGAUGACCCAAAAGUUUGAUAUUAGCAAAGGCUGUGAAUUUUCCUCCAAAAAAAUUCACUUAACGAAUACAGUAUGGGUACCGGGCAUUGAUGGAAACUGUUUACCUGUUUUAUUGUAUUGAGUGAAUUUAAGUGGUGCUUUACUCAGUAGGUCUGUUAUUAUUGGAGUAGUCUCUGAACUUUUUUAAUCGUGAUGUCAAUCUUAUUGUCGUAAAUGAUCUUGUGAGGAAUAAAGUAUUGUCAUCUCCUGAGAAGGGAGACAACUUAUUUGAAAUUGCCAAUGUACUCAAAGAAUCUGGAACUAAUUGUAAUUCUGCUGUGGAAAGAACUGCUCCUGCUAAAGAUAUGUCCAAAGAGGUAUAUUGGAAACAAAAAGACUUGUUUGUGGUGAAUACUGUUAUUUUGAAACAACAAUGGCACAUUAAAGUUCUGAA